AUGGGAGAAGAUCAGAAGCAGUAUUUUGUUCCGAAUGAAGGUGAAGACUACACAAUUAAAUAUAGAACUCAUGGUACGAGUUUUUAUUCUUUGAGACUGGAUAAAAAGUACAGAUUAGGAAAUCUACCAAUUUACCAAAAUCCUUUGAUCAACUUUGUUAUUGGUUCUAAAAGAUUAUCUCUUGCUUUUGGCGCAAUCGGAUGCAUGUUUGGGUACUUGAUGGACAGGACAGGGUUAGUGUAUACUGAAAUCUCACAAUUGGUGGCAAUUUUUUCUUUGCUACCGUUCCCAAUUGUUACAUACUUAUUUGAACCUGUGGUUUCACGAGUAUGGAGAGUCUAUGAUACAACUAAACCUCAAAUCUACGAAAACCUAAUCCAAGAUGAACAGCUUAUUAUAGAAAAGUUGAAUUGGAACGGGUUCAAUACAUACAACGAAUUAGUGAGAGUUGACAGUCUUUACGUUCCUAAAGAUAAGAAUGAUUACAGAGGCCGUUUUGGAUAUGCUAACCUUCUAUCUGUUGACAAGAAAUUGAAUAGUACCAAAUUAUACUACAUUAAUGAUGGUUUUACAAACGAGAAAAUGGAAAGGAUACUUGCGUUGGCUGAGAAGAGAAGUGGGGUAAAGGACUCUGGUAGGUCUUUUUACGGCUUUUAG